CGGGAAACGCGUCAUCGUGUGUCGCACUUUCGCGCGUUUGGAGAGAGUUGGCGCGAGGAUACAGGAGACUGCUGUUGCAAGAGACGGUUGUUGUCUAUUAUCAUUAUAAGAUUUAGUCUUCGAUUCGCAGUAUUUUUGUUGAAAAUAUGACUGUUCGACUGUCAGAAGGGGCGAUUGAGUCCCUGACAAAAGGAAUUGAAGUCAGCAACCCUGUUUUGCAGUGUGUGAACAUUCGUAAGAUUGAUGGGGGAAAUGGCUUGUCCCGUUUCCGUCUCAUGAUGAGUGAUGGGCUACACACCAUGUCCUCAUUCAUGCUCUCCACACAGCUCAAUCCCAUGGCUGAGCAAAACCAGUUGGCCUCUAACUGUGUGUGUAUGCUGAAAAGAAACGUCACUAAUGUUCUCAAAGAUGGGCGACGUGUGGUAGUUAUAUUGGACAUGGACGUGAUCAAAUCUGCUGACCAGAUGGCAGGAAAAAUUGGAGACCCAACUCCUUAUGUGGAGGGCCAGUCAAAGCCACAACAGAAUGCAGCUCCGGCUCCAACUGCACGUCCACUACAGUCUCAGAAUGGAAGUGAUGGUUCAAUGAACAGACCUUCUGCUCAGAGCUUCGGGAAAAAGCCCAUGGCUGCCCCUAACACUCCUGGAGGCAGCUCUAAAGUCGUUCCCAUUGCCAGCCUCAAUCCAUACCAGUCAAAAUGGACUGUUAGAGCCAGAGUCACCAACAAGGGUGCCAUCCGCACAUGGAGUAACUCCAGAGGGGAUGGGAAGCUCUUCUCCAUGGAGCUUGUGGAUGAAAGCGGGGAGAUCAGAGCAACUGGAUUUAAUAAUGAGGUGGACAAAUUCUACUCCCUCAUCGAGCAGGGAAAGGUCUACUACAUCUCAAAAGGCACCCUGAAGAUUGCCAACAAACAAUUCUCUUCGCUUAAGAAUGACUAUGAGAUGACUUUAAACGGUGAGACAACCAUCAGCCCUUGCGAAGACAGCCAUGAUGUCCCCAUGGUGCAGUGCGACUUUGUUUCCAUUGCUGACCUGGAGUCCCGGGAGAAAGACACCAUCAUAGAUGUGAUUGGAGUGUGUAAAAACACAGAGGAUGUGACGCGCAUCAUGACCAAGAACAGUCGUGAGGUUUCAAAGAGGAACAUCCAACUGAUGGACAUGUCUGGCAGAAUCAUCCAGCUCACCAUGUGGGGUAAUGAUGCAGAGACGUUUGAUGGCAGUGGGCAGCCUAUCUUGGCCAUUAAGGGAGCAAGAUUGUCUGACUUUGGUGGGCGUUCUCUCUCCACUCUCUACAGCAGCACGGUCAUGAUCAACCCUGACAUUCCCGAGGCAUAUAAACUGCGGGGAUGGUAUGAUAAGGAAGGACAUGCUAUGGAUGGACAGUCGAUGACUGAGUUGAGAGGACCUGGUGGUGGUGGUGGAAACACAAACUGGAAGACCCUGGCGGAAGUCAAGAAUGAGCACUUAGGACAUGGAGACAAAGCUGAUUAUUUCUCUUGCAUCGCCACAAUAGUCUACAUCCGUAAAGAGAACUGCUUGUAUCAGGCUUGUCCCAGUAAAGACUGCAACAAGAAGGUGGUGGACCAGCAGAAUGGCAUGUACCGCUGUGAGAAAUGCGACAAAGAGUUCCCCGACUUCAAAUAUCGUCUCAUGCUCUCGGCCAACAUUGCUGAUUUUGGAGACAACCAAUGGGUGACUUGCUUUCAGGACAGUGCUGAGACCCUCCUGGGCCAAAACUCAGGUUAUCUCGGCCAACUCAAGGACUCGAACGAAUCUGCAUUUGAUGAGGUCUUUCAGCAUGCAAACUUCAAUACUUUUGUCUUCCGGAACAGAGUGAAGCUGGAGACCUACAAUGACGAAUCGCGCAUUAAAGUGACAGUGGUGGACGCGAAGCCAGUUGACCACAGAGAAUACAGCAAACGGCUGAUCAUCAACAUAAGGAAGUUGGCGGCACAGUAGAAGAACUGACAGUGUUACAAAGAACAAAACCCAACAAAGCCAUUGUGUGGAACUUUUGAGUUACUUAUAGUAUCGUGCAUACUAAUUGUAUAGCAUCUCUGAAGUCUCUUUUUUUUAUGCUUUUCUUUAGUUUCUUUUUUCCUCCAUUUUGUAUUUCAGUCAGUAAUUUCACAAUAGCUUUUUCAAAAACGCCAAGAUCAGAUUAGCUUGUGCUGUUGUCCCAGGGUUGACUGAUUGGAAAGGGCCUGAAGUUCUUUAGAAAUUGCUGACGUAUUUUGUGAAGUGAAGAUUGUAGAAGAGACAAAUUGAGAAAGAAAUGGACUUGGAGUUUGGAGAAUUAUAAAUCAGUGCACAUUCAGGGGUCUGCUGCCGUGAUUUAGGUCGGCUAGAGAAAAGUACAACCCCUGUCUCUGUAAGAAUGCCUGGACCAAACCUGCAGAACAUUGAUAAACCUAUUCACACUCAUGCUUACCAGGCACACACUGUAUUUAUAUAGAUAUAACUGUAUGUCUCUUAUACAAAUAAUAAAGCUGUUUGUGUUCUCAAGUC